AUGACCAUCAGGCAGAGGAGGGAGAGGAGGAAGAGAGCCCGGUUCCAUCGCGCCCGGGCCAGCGCUCUCCUGCUCCCCUCGUCUGCAAGUGGAGCAAUGCUCAAAUUUGAGGAAUCUUUUCCUUGGCAGGCGAGGGCAUUUCUCCCAGCUGAGAUCCCCGAGCCCACACUGGCGGAGAACGUGCUGCGCCACCAUCUCUUCUGUGGAGCCACUUUGCAGCUGCUCUGUGCGCUGGCUGUAAUUGUGCCAGUUUCCAGGUGCCAUAAGCCAGACUGGCACAGUCUUGGGACUCUGUCUGGCGAGACAGUGAAGAAAGCCAAGGCAAGUGCUGCUCUGCUGAGGAAGAAAGCCCAGAAGGAGAGCAAAAAGAACCGAGAAGGGCUUGAGCGAGAAGGCCCACAGGACACUCGAAUCAGCUGGAAUGCUUCCUCAGAGGUGGCACCAAAGGCAGCGGACUGAGUCAGCGUCCAGUUUUCUGGCAUGGCCGUGCUUUCCCUGUCACAGACAGUGCCGCAGAACUGAGGCACCUGGAAGGGAAGGGCUUGUGCUGCAUUCCAAGCAAAGAGGGCUUGCCAGCAGGUCUGCAUCUAUGGCAAGACAUGGAGAGGCUGUGUUCCUUCAGGCUGCGUCUCUUCAGGGCCAGGGCCAGUGUAGUGUGAGAUUGAAGUACGGCAAGCCGGGCCUGGAGGGAGAGGAGCUGACGUAGCCAUAGGAUCAGGCUUCUCCUUGUGUCUGCCUGGAGGCUGAAUGACUCAUUGCUAAGCAGAAACCCUGGACGCUGGGGUUUCAUUUUGGGCUGUGUUGAUAAAUACAACCCAGAGCCUUUUGUAUUGAAUAAAAGCAAAACCAACUUUUUAAACA